AUGCCAAGAAAGAGACUGCCCAUUUUCCACAAGGUCUCAAAUCUUCUUAGAAUCCCCAUUGUUGUUGCCAAAAUAAGGAAACCCAUCAUUCCAAAACUCAUUUUCCUCAGGAAAUCAAGAAAGCUUAAGAAGUUCAAGCGGCUCAAGCAUUACAGCUACGGGUUUCUUGAAGAGUAUGUGUUCUCUCCUUCAAGUACUCCACUCAUUCAUUAUCCCAAGAAACAGUUCAAACUUAGAAGCUGUAAAGACAACAUAUACUCUAUGUUGUUCCUGUGUAGAUGUUUGGGUGGCUUGAAAGCUGAAGGAGGAGAAGUGAAGUAUAGAUUGUCAAUGGAUAGAACUCUACCUGCCGCUACCGUCAGUAAUGGAGAAUAUUUGGAGCCGUUGGAUUAUUUGGUAGAGGAGGAAGAUUCAGUUGAUCAGAGGGCUGAGAGGUUCAUUGAGAGGUUCUAUCAAGAGAUGAGAUUGCAGAGGCAGGAAUCAAUUUAG